CUGAAAAAGCCGCCCGGAGUUGCUGCCGGCCCGGGCCAGAUGACACAUCACGUGAUCGGAUCAGGGACCAACCUUCCGCGCUCAGAUUUUUUUUUGCUCCGAAUUCUUCCAUCUCUUCCCAGAUCACCAACGCUCUCAACUCACCCUCUACUCUCCCCCCGUCCACCCGCUCUUCUGCGUCUUGCGCAUUCAUCACCGUCGCAAUGGCCUCUGCUCCCGCUGCUCUGGCUCAGGCCGUCCCCGAGAAGAAGCCCGAGGGCGUUGCCCUGUACGCUCGUUUCGCCUUCGCCGGUGCUGUCUGCUGCUCCGUCACUCACGGUGCUUUCACUCCCGUCGAUGUGUAUGUUAUCCAGCCCUUUGGAAUCAAUUGGUCGUGAUUUUACUGACAGGUUCAUCUCUGAACAGCGUCAAGACCAGAAUCCAGCUUGAUCCUGCCACCUACAACCGUGGUAUGAUCGGCGGUUUCCGCCAGGUCAUCCAGAAUGAAGGUGCUGGUGCUCUUUUGACUGGUGUCGGCCCAACCUUCGCCGGUUAUUUCCUCCAGGGUGCAUUCAAGUUCGGUGGAUAUGAGUUCUUCAAGAAGCAGUCUAUCGAAAUGCUCGGUCUCGAGACCGCUCGCCAGAACCGUGCUCUUGUCUACUCUGCUUCUGCUGCCAGUGCCGAGUUCUUUGCCUCCAUUGCCCUCUGCCCUCUCGAGGCUACCCGUAUCCGUCUUGUCUCCCAGCCUACCUUUGCCAACGGUUUGAUCAGUGGUUUCGGAAAGAUCCUCAAGAACGAGGGUGUUGGUGCCUUCUACAGCGGAUUCGGACCUAUCCUCCUCAAGCAGAUCCCCUACACCGUCACCAAGUUCGUUGCUUUCGAGAAGGUUUCUGAGACUGCUUUCUCCUUCCUCGACAAGUCUAAGCUCUCCGACGCCGCUCAGACUGGUGUCAACUUGGGAUCUGGUCUUAUGGCUGGUUUCGCUGCUGCCAUUGUCUCCCAGCCCGCUGACACUAUGCUUUCCAAGAUCAACAAGACCAAGGGUCUUCCUGGUGAGGGCAUCGUCUCCCGUCUCAUCAAGAUUGCUGGUGAGCUCGGCUUCCGUGGUGCCUUCGCUGGUCUUCCUACUCGUCUGUUCAUGGUUGGUGGUCUUACUGCUGGUCAAUUCGCCAUCUACGGUGACAUCAAGAAGGCUCUUGGUGCCACUAACGGUGUCGAGAUUGCCAAGUAAGCACUCCAUCGCGGACAUCCCAAAAUUUCGCAUGGUUUAGUUAGGUGGUAGGAAAACGUUUUGGUAUAGAAAUGAGGAUGGCUAUAUCUUCAGCCAUUUUCAUUUUUCUUUGAGUUGGAGAGACGGGCUCCCUUUCUUUCAUUUCAAUCACCCUCCCUUUUCCCAAGAUGCGGUGCCCUCCACAUCCUCCGCAACUUUAGUGUAUAAUUGCAUCGGGCCGGCCAAAACCAACUGUACACUCUGGCGGGCGUUAUCAUCUUGUUUCAAUGACUGUAAUAGACUGUUUCCUUGUGCUUUAGAUUUCUAGGUUGUGCAGGUGGUUGCUGCAUGGCUUUUCUACAAUCCAGAGACAUUGAUGUUAUGUUUCAAUUUGCAGAUGCUCUAACGUGUGGGUUCUAGUUCGUCGUUUGCUGUCGAGAUUAAUCAUGUCACUAUUGCCCUGCCGCGGGAUUUUUCUACAACUCACGUUGAAUCGACAUGCCCCUUGAAUAGCGAUUGUCGCUGAAAUACCCAACUCGUUCGAUGCUUUUGAUAAAUCAUGAGCCUUUGUGCAAAGCUUCAAAAACUUUGAUCACAUGGUAACUGAGUUGAACCUGGGCCAUCAACUACAGUCUAUCUCCAUUCAUUUCACACCUGGAGUUAACGAGGCGCUUGCGGACCAUGAGAUCCCUCUUCAGGCUCCGCAGAACACGACGAUCACGUUCAGAAACUAAACAAUCAAAGGUGUUUAUCUUGGUUAGUGAUUUCAUCCAUCCAACACCGUCUGCUUUACUUCCAGCUCGGGCUGCGGGAAACACUUACGAGAAACAUUCUGUGUGCAAGUAUAGCUCUUUAACGUCUCCAGCUAAUACUUUCCUCUGUGCUUCUGCCGCUGCAUUACGAAUAUCGUGGAGCAUGGAAGGUGGGCCACAAACGACGAUUCCAGCCGAUUUUCCGGCGGCCUGCUCCGCC